AAAGAGUUGGCUUGGGGAAUAGCUAAUAGCAACAAGCCCUUCCUAUGGAUCAUAAGGCCUGAUUUGGUGGCAGGGGACUCAGCGCCUUUGCCACCAGACUUUAUAACUGAAACAAGAGAUAGAGGCAUGUUAGCAAGCUGGUGUCCGCAAGAACAAGUCCUGAAGCACCCGGCCGUAGGAGGGUUUGUAACACAUUGUGGUUGGAACUCCACAAGCGAAAGCAUAUGUGGAGGAGUGCCUCUGAUUUGCAUGCCAUUCAGGUCCGAGCAACCGACAAAUUGUUGCUAUAGUUGCAGUGAAUGGGGCAUAGGGAUGGAGAUUGAUGGUAAUGUGAAGAGAGACAAGGUGGAAAAGCUUGUGAGAGAGCUGAUGGAUGGAGAGAAGGGUAAGAAGAUGAAGAAGAAGGCCAUGGAAUGGAAGAAGUUGGCAGAAGAGGCCAUUAUGCCUGGUGGGUCUUCUUACAACAACUUCAACAAACUGUUGAGUGAUGUGCUGUUGUCAAAGAAGUAG